GGUUUGGCUUUCAGCAUGAGGCAGCCAGCCUUCCCUCUUAUCCUUGUCCUACUGUCUCUCUCUCGCUCACUCACUCACUCUCGCUCUGUGCUGAACUGAAACUAACUCUGAAGAAGAAGAGUGCUCGAUAGCGACAGGCGGCGGACGCCACGGCAACGAAGAGUCGCCGAGGGCAGUAGCGAUAGCGGCCGGACGGCUUAGCUUCUGCCAGGCAGGGAGGGAAGAGAGGGUGGGUCACCUCUAGGGAGAGGGAGUCUUUUCCCUCAGCAGGACUCAACUGGCUUGUGUUCUCUUCUCUGUUCUUUCCACAACGGAGAGAGGGAGAGCUUUUAUCACCGCUCUUCUCUUGAUUAGUUUUUUUUUUAAUCGGCUUUGAGGUGGAACAUGAGACGCGGAGUUUCACAGAAGAGCUACACUGCUGUUACUACUUACUGAGUGUCGUUGGCGGCCCCCUUUUGAAAGCGGCGUUGUGGAGUCGGCCACAGACAGGAGUGCGUCAUCACUGCUCCCUGUGGUUCCCCUGGUUACUGCACCGAAAUCUGCUUUAAUGAAGUAACGCCGGGGCGACAGAGGACCGAAACCGACCCAAACUAACACCUUCCUCCCUGCCCCUCUCCCCCUUUCUCGCCAACACCAUGGGUCAGAAGAUCUCUGGCGGCGUCAAGUCAGUGGACAGUCGUGGCGAGGGUGGCUCGCCCUCCUUCCGCCCGUCGACCCACCGCCGGCACCUCCACCCCGAGCUGCGGGGCCCUGACUUCUACAAGCCGCCGCGGCUGGACCUGCUGCUGGACAUGCCCCCCGCGCCCCCUGACCUCCAGCUCCGCCAUGCCUGGAACCCGGAGGACCGCUCGCUCAACGUUUUUAUCAAGGAGGAGGAUAAACUGACCUUCCACCGCCAUCCUGUAGCGCAGAGCACCGACUGCAUCCGCGGCAGAGUGGGCUAUACGCGGGGGCUCCACGUCUGGCGGAUCCACUGGCCGGCGAGACAGCGAGGGACACACGCUGUGGUGGGAGUAGCCACGUCCGACGCCCCCUUACACUCUGUCGGUUACACGGCACUAGUAGGCAGUGACUCGGAGUCCUGGGGGUGGGACUUGGGCAGGAACCGACUGUACCACGACAGUAAGAACCGGGCCCAGGUUUCCCUACCUUCGUAUCCGUGUUUCUUAGAGCCUGAGGAAGCUUUCGUAUUGCCGGACGCUCUUCUAGUGGUGUUGGAUAUGGACGAGGGCACGUUGAGUUUCAUGGUGGACGGACAGUACCUCGGUGUGGCAUUCAGAGGCCUGAAGGGGAAGAAGCUGUACCCGAUCGUCAGUGCCGUGUGGGGCCACUGUGAGAUCAGCAUGAGAUACGCCAACGGAUUGGAUCCGGAGCCCCUCCCCCUGAUGGACCUGUGUCGUCGGGCCGCCCGGGUAGCGUUGGGCCGAGAGCGCCUCCAGGAGAUCGAGUCCCUGCCCUUACCCCAGUCUCUCAAGAAUUACCUGCAGUACCAAUGACCAAACCAUGCUCCACCAACUGGGACCAUCUGGAAGGAAACCAUGGCAAUCUAAGUGUGAUGGAAGAUAGACAGAAUGUCAGGGGGGUUCGAAUGAACAACGGCGGAAGCGGAAUGUUUACAUUGUGGGAUAAUUAAGCUCUGCGGUGAAUAGAUAGACACUUGUGUUCAGGUUUUUGACCCAGAGGAUGAUUGAUACUUUUUUUGUUCGGGGUUUUGACACGUUUGGACUUACAAUUAUUGAUGGCUGUAGCUCUCUUCCAAUGAAGCCCCUAUUUCAUGGACUGGUAUGGUCCAUGGUCACUUUGAAGUAUGGGUGUUAGGAGACUACUGCCAUCUGCUGGUUUGAGUGAGAACGGCGCCUAGAAGGCACACACUAAAUACCCCGGGAGGCCUUUGAAAUCAUAUCACUGCUACUGGAUACUCUAUAGUCAGUCUCCUAUAAUGUCCUGUCCAGUCGGCAGGCAGACACAGGACUUUUCUACAGGGCUCAGAUGUGUUUCGGUCCAUUUCCAGUUCAAACUGGCCUGGAGCUCACUGUAGCUCACUGGUAACAUACAAUAUCUGCCCGUUGUCUUAAAGGACCCAUUAAAGGACUAUGCCAGUUCUGGACUUACUAGGUUUACACAUCUAGUUUUUCUGGAUCUAUGUCAAGUAAUGCAAGGGGAAAAAAUGGCACAGCACCCAUUUUGGGAGGGGGCGUGGAUGACCACACACCAUAGCAGUCAUCUUUUUCCUCUAGAAGGCUUGAGUCACUUUUAUUUCUGAGUUUGUACCCUACAUUUUAUUCUUAGUGUGGAUUAUGAUUCUGACGACGAUGAUAACGUUACGAUGACUGUUUAUUUAUCAUGAGGUAGUUUCUUUUUACGUUACGUUUUACGUUACGUUCAGGUAAAUAUACUACACCGAUAUGGGAGAUGAUGAUCAGCGCUGUCACCCUAAGGCUUUUUAAACCGGAUGCUGCUUUAAUUAUUAUUAUUAUUAUUAUUAUCAUUAUUAUUAUACGAUCACUGAUGGUUUUAAUCUAUAUCUGCCUGCUUGGAUGGGAGACCAGGGCCAUUCGGGGGCAUACACAGUGGAAUGUAUGGGCAGUGCUGUUAGCAGAUCUGAAAUGUGAAUAAAAGCCAAGUGAAUGAAAAAGC